AUGAGAUUUGGGGGUGGGGUUAAGCCAGGGCUCCCCUUCACUUUGUGCCCCUUCAUCCCAGCCAGGGAACAACUCCGAAGAUCUCGACAUAGCCGCACCUUCCUGGUGGAGUCAGGUGUUGGAGAGCUGUGGGCAGAGAUGCAAGCAGGUGACCGCUACAUCGUGGCAGACUGUGGGGGUGGCACCGUGGACCUAACCGUGCACCAGAUAGAGCAGCCCUUGGGCACCCUCAAGGAGCUCUACAAGGCCUCAGGGGGCCCAUAUGGCGCAGUUGGGGUGGACCUGGCUUUCGAACAGCUUCUGGGCAGAAUCUUCAGUGAUGACUUUAUCACCACCUUCAAAACCAAGCGUCCGGCUGCAUGGGUAGACCUGACCAUUGCCUUCGAAGCCCGAAAGCGAACAGCCGGGCCCCACCGGGCCAGUCCCCUCAACAUCUCCCUGCCCUUCUCCUUCAUUGACUUCUACCGCAAACAGCGGGGGCACAACGUGGAGACAGCCCUGCGCAAGAGCAGCGUGAACUUCGUGAAGUGGUCCUCCCAAGGGAUGCUGAGGAUGUCCUGCGAAGCCAUGAACGAACUCUUCCAGCCCACCGUGAGCCAGAUCAUCAGACACAUUGAUGAGCUGCUGGCCCGCCCGGAGGUGCAGGGGGUGAAGUUUCUGUUCCUCGUGGGGGGCUUCGCGGAAUCGGCUGUGCUCCAGCACACAGUGCAGGAGGCCUUUGGCGGCCGGGGCCUGAGGGUCAUCAUCCCUCAGGAUGUGGGUCUGACCAUCCUGAAGGGCGCCGUGCUGUUCGGCCUGGACCCCGGCGUGGUCCGAGUGCGCCGCUCCCCACUCACCUAUGGCGUUGGGGUCCUCAACAAGUUUGUGGCCGGCCGCCACCCACCCGAGAAGCUGCUGGUCAAGGAUGGCAAGAGCUGGUGUACAGACGUCUUCGAGCGAUUUGUGGCAGCCGACCAGUCCGUGGCCCUGGGGGAGGUGGUCCAGCGGAGCUACUGCCCAGCCAGGCCCGGCCAGCAUCGCAUCCUCAUUAAUAUUUACUGCUGUGCCGCCGAGGACGUGCAAUACAUCACCGACCCCGGCGUGCGCAAGUGCGGGGCCAUCAGCCUCGAGCUGGCACCCACCUCUCCUGGGGCCACUCCUGCCCGCCGGGAGAUCCGAGCCUCCAUGCAGUUUGGGGACACGGAGAUCAAGGUCACUGCUGUGGACGUCAGCACCUCCCGGACUGUGCGAGCCACCAUUGACUUCCUCUCCAACUGAGGGCCCCUGGGGCAAGGCAGCCUCGCCUGGAGACCUUCUCGGGCCAGUCAGUCCAUUCUCCAGGGUGGCUUCCCCUCGACAUCUCCCCAUCUCUCCCCUCUGCCCUCUCCCCUCUCCCCCAGGUGCCCUCGGACGAUCCCUGAUCCUCCUCCCAGGCUCUCAGCCCUGCUUCCAUCCUCCAGAUUCCCCUCCUUUCCCUCCCGCCCCGUUCGUUUCCUCCUCUGUCCAGCCCACAUUCUUCCAUUCCCUCUUUUGAAUUCCCUGACAAACAUCAGACUCCCUUAUUUCCGAAAUCCCUCGUACCCUCAUCCCACUGCCCUGUGCUGGGGCCAGGGGUGGCGAGGGGGACGGGAGAACUUCCAGGGAGUCCAGUGCAAGGACUCCAUACCAAAGACAGAGCCACCUUCCUUGGGUUCCUCUGCCACCUCUCCCUGGGCUGACCCUGCUCUCCCCGCCAUCCCUCUUCAGGAUGUCUACAAGGGCAGCCCCACUGGGGAGAGGGAGACCCACAGAAGGUGCCCACUGACAGACUCCAAAGGCAAUUAGGGUUAGGCGGGUGAGGUGCUCCCCAGAAUUGUGCCAGGAGAGCCCUGGAACUCAUCCCUUGGCAGGCCAGAAUGGCAAUAGCUACUCCUACUGCCCAUGGAAAAGGGGUGAGUGAGGGGGAGGGGGCCCGGCCACCUUAACCCCGCCACGUCCACAGAAGCCAGAAGGGGGUAUCUAAUCCCUUGGAACUACAGAUAAGCCUGAGGCCCAGAAAGGUUGAGCCACAGGCCUUGGGGUCACCCAGCAAACCAGGGACAGACUCAAACCUACUUCUCCCACUUCACCCUCCCUAAGGAGCUCCUUCCAAUGUGUCUAUGAAUAACUGUCUGCUUUGUCUUAGUGGGGGAAUGGGUGCAGGUGGAAUCGGAUCCUACUUUUUGUAGCCUGGACCCUGUCCUGCCAUGGACAAGAGUUGAGAAUGGACCAAGGAGAGAGUCAACUCCUCCGGCUUUGGGGCAACGGCAUAGCCAAGUGUCCCUGGACCAGCAGGAUCUCGGGGAACCGAGAACUCCUCAGAGCACGUAUCCUACUUCCUUCCCUGACUUAUCAGGCGGAACCCCCAGCAGAGGCUGCACGGAGACCUCUGUGACCCCCAGAGGGCCCCCCACCCAAGCUGGGUGACGAGCCAAGGGCCGCUGGAGGCAGGCCAAUGACACCGACAGGGGGCUGGGAAUGUGGAUGGAGACCAACAAGGGCCCUCCUCGGAGGUCCGAAGAGCGCCUCGAUACUCCUGGAGUGCGUCUGGGAAGGAGAGGGACAAGGUGGGGAAGGGGCUUACGUCCAGUUCUCACGAGCAGGGUAACGUUGCUUGUCAGGAGUAGAUUAUUAGGGUGACAAGUUACUGGCAAGGAAUAGGACUAGUUCGGUUACUAACAGGGACUAAUUCUGGCCCCAGAACGACAAGAAUCCCUUCAUGAGAACGACGGUUCCUCAAGGUCAGCCCAACAAUCCAUACAGGAAGAUCGAAGUGGAUGACCGUCCAGACGGUGGCACGGAGUGGGAGGCAGGACCUUGGUCCAUCCCUCGACGGACGGAAGCAGGUUGGGUUGCUUCUUUGGAAUCGUUCUUUCACCCAUCUCAGUCCGAAGACUCGACUUCUUAAGAUGAAUGUUCAACCUCCCAAUGACGCUGACAAGCCACGGACACCAAGCGGAGGGUGUGAGUAGCUGCGUGCGCCAUUUUGCCAUGAAGACCUCCUGGAUGACCUCCUGCAAGGACUUAAGUUUGGGGAUGUUUAUGAAAGGGGCGUCCCACCGGGCAGUCACGGAGCCUGAAGGAAGGCAGGCGGACGGACCGGGUAACGGCUGAACAUUCAGACACAGACGUGCUUCCUCCCACAUGUUGGCUGGACCUUUGGUCAGCCCAUGGCAAGACACAGAUGGAAAUCCCACAGGGUGGAGUCAUGGGUGGCCUGAGAGCUGCAACAACGCAGGGAAUUGCCACGACGAUGGGACCAGCUCCAAGAGCAGAGAUGAUGCUGGUGGCCAGAGUAACCAUCAGAGCAGUCGGGUAUCAGCAGGGGUAGCAAUACCAGCAGGGAGACCACAGCAGUAGAGAAGCCAUCCGAGGGUCCCCCUUUAGAGAGGGCCAACAUAACUAACACAGAAACUUAACUGGGCCCCGGGGGGAAGGGGGUCACAUUCUUGCUCCAGGACGUCGCUCAAGCAGGCCUCAGAAGAACCGACCAUCUCCCUACACGAAACGUCCAAACCCUGCAGCCCUUGGGGGCUACAAGCUUCUGGGGUCCAAGCAGAUCCCCAUCCCCACUGCCAGACAGGGUUGGGCAAUUCUCCGGGGAGGGGGCUCCAUGUUUGCUGUCAGAGAAAGCCUCACUCAAUAAAGCUUUCAUGCCUAA